UUUUUCAUCAAGGGUACUCGAUGGUUCCAGUGGUCACAGUUGAACUGGGUCAAUCUGUAAAUUUGACGUGUGCUUUUCAAAUGAAAUAUCAGAGCAACACAUGGCUUUACUGGUUCAAGCAGAGUGCAGGAGAUACUCUGAAUUUAAUAGUGAUGCAGCAGAGAAGGACAUCCCCCAUGUAUCAACCAGAAUUCUCUGAUUCAAGAUUCAAUGUAACAUACACCAAGCAUGGCAGCAAUCUUACAAUUUCAUCAAUAGUUGAACAAGAUGAGGGAAUGUAUCACUGUUCUCAAAAGGACACACUUGAAUCUACGUGGAAUGGGACCUAUCUAUCAAUAAAAGAAAACUCUAUGAGAACAUCAAGCUACACCGUGGUUCAGGAGUCAACAUCAGUUCAUCCUAAAGACUCAAAGACUCUGCAGUGUUCAGUUCUUUCUGACUCGGAUAACAAAACCUGUUCAGGAGAACCCAGAGUGUUUUGGUUCAGAGCCGGAUCAGCAAAGUCUUUUCCUGAUAUUAUCUACACGGAUGCAACAGGAGCUGAGAAUUGUGAGAAGAGAUCAGACACUGAGAAGAAAUGUGUUUAUAACUUCUCCAAGAACGUCAGCUCCUCUGAUGGUGGGACUUACUACUGUGCUGUGGCCACAUGUGGACAGAUAUUGUUUGCAAAUGAAAUAAACUUGGAAAUUGAUGGAUUCAGUGUGUGGUCACCAGAAGCCAUGAUAUUUAUUUUUUCACUCUCUGCUGCCUUAGCCAUAAGUCUGAUUGGUAUGGCUGUCCUCAUAAGCUCCAUCAACAGGAUCAAAUGUGAUUGUCAAGAAUCUGUUAAGGUGCAAGAAGACUUUGGUCAGAACAAGCAACAGAACGACGAAGACAAAAGGAUGUAUUCUGCUGCCAUUUUCGCCAUGAUGAAAACUGACAACACUAAAAGAAAGAAAAUAGCAGAAAGACAGAUGAUUUUUGUUGCCAUAAAAGCCUUCGGUCGUUAA